AUGCCUCAAUCCUGUGAAUUGAGCAACACCAUCAACGAUAUGGAUAUAGAACCUGAAAACCCGACGACCUACGGCUGGGCCUUCGGCGCGUACGAGAGAGUUGGCCCGGAUACAGGGGCUUUGAAGCUCAGCGGAGCUUCUUUUGACGUCAAGACGUCUCCCAGUCAUAUGGAGAACACAUACGUUGAUCACCUCUCAUGGCUACUGCAAGUCGAUCAUAUCUACGGAAUACCUUACCUAGGACGAGACCCUUGGAAGAAGGAACAGCCGCUGCCUCGCGAGUACGAGUUUCUAAGUGAAGAUGCUGAUGCCUCUGGCCUCAUCAUGAGCUUACUCGUGACGGGAACCUUCCCUAAACAUCCGCAUGCCAGUGUUCGGUCGGCGUCCGACAUGACUACCGAACUCAUCUACGCCGGCGAAUUGUCAUUUAAGCUCGGUCUUCGCUGUAUCAAGCGUUUCCGCUGCGCAGUAUCUCUUCACUUGCGACAGUUGCUGCUAGAGGACCGAACAGCGCUGCUCGAAAGGCACAUUACUAGCCUGUACAAACUCCUUGCCCGGCGUAAACUUUGCGCCCUUUGGGGGUUCAGACAGAUGUUUGCGCAGGCAAUGGUCAAGCUUGGUUGCGUCACUCGGACAUCAGCCCAGUCGAGCCUGUGGACCUUUGCCCAGGCUCCGCCAAAUUUGACACCAUAUGGGAUGGUGAUGACCCGGAGGAAUGGUCGAUUAUCGUCAAACAUUGCCUUGGCCUUACAGGCCAGAGCCUCGGUUAUCGCAGAUGCAUCCCGCCAUCCUGUUACUCUACUAAUCCCAGGCAGCCCACUCCCACCUGUCACUUGGAGCUUUGUCACCUACCGCUACAGUGAUCCCCUCGUACCUGCUGGAGGCAAAGUGAAGGCUCAACGCUUUACUACGACGGAACUUUCGCGAAGUGGCUGA